UCCUGAUUUUUGUAAAAAUACUUCAGUAUUUCUUCAUUCAAUAUAAUAUUUUGGCAUAUAACCUUUUUCAUGUUUAGCUUUUUUUAUUCAUAUUCUAGUGAAAGUUUUGCUGCUGAAUUCUAGCAAGUGCCUGUUUAUUUUUUAUUUAUAUAAUUAUACUGUUUAAUCAUUUAAUUUGACAGAAGUAUGUGAAACCUAUUAAUGAUCUGCAUUUCUAAAAUUAACCUUAUUUGGUCAUAAUAACAGCUUAUAUUAUUUUAUUUAUUUAUUUAUUUGGUCUGUAAGGGCCAUACUCAUGGUAUAUGGAGGUUCCCAGGCUAGGGGUCUAAUUGGAGCUGUUGCUGCUGGCCUAUGCCAGAGCCACAGCAAUGCUAGAUCUAAGCCGCAUCUGUGACCUACACCACAGCUCACAGCAACGCUGGAUCCUUAACCCACUGAGCAAGGCCAGGGUUCACCCCACAACCUCAGGGUUUCUAGUUGGAUUUGUUAACCAUUGAGCCAUGAUGGGAACUCCCACAGCUUAUUAUUAUUUUAGUACAAUGCUGGAUUCAGUGUUCUGAGAUACCAUUUUAAGUUGAACUUUUGCACCUGAAUUCAUUAAUGAUUUUGGCUUAUAAUUUCCUUUCUGUGCUAGUUCGGGUUUCUGUGUAUGGACUAUGCUGGCUUCUAAAAAAUGACUUAUCUACAGUCUAUAGCAAUUUAUGUGUUCUUGAUUGUUCAGUAGAACUUCAAGUGUAAAGCUAUCUGGACAUUAUGACCUUUUAAAAAGUAGGGUUCCAGUUUAGUUCAUGUGUGGUCAGAUCCAUGUGCUCCCUUACUCAUGGUCAAAUUUGAUGACGUAUAUAUUCCUAGGAAGUCACCCAUUUCCUUGUAAUUUUCAAAUAUAUUUCCAAUUAAUAUGACAUUUUUUUCUUUAAUCACAUUUACCCAAGAUUUACCCAUUCUCUUCAUUAUUUAAAAGAACUAGCUCCUGCUUUUACUUAUCCUUCUUUCAACUACUUUUUCUGUUUUUCUUAAAUUGGUUCUUUACCAUGUCCAGGAGUACAGUGGGGUGACUGAGACAUUCUCCUUGGGCACAAAAUUUAAGGGAUGCCAAAAAGUCAGUAGUCAAGAGAAACUAUAUUUUAAUUCAAUAUUUUAAAAAUCAAAAUUAAUGCAAAAAAGUCCAUAAUGGAUCAAAAUUUUAAAUAAAGACAGCAAUAGUAUUACUGAUUUUUCCUUUUUACCUCAGGCUCCAACAUGUAUCAGCACAGUGCUGCUUCUUAGUUCAUUUGUUUUCAGGUUUGAAGAAAGCCUUUCAAAGUGUUAGACCAGCCUGUGUUCUCUAUGACUGUGAAACAUCUCUUAGACAUCUUUGAAUGGAGCUGAAUUCCAGGAGCAUGAAAGGAUUCUAUCUCCCGAUUUUCUUUCAGUUGCCCAGAUCACAGAAAUGCUAGCAGAGGAUGCAGACGGAGUUCAACGGAAACUGGAAAAGUUUUUGAAUUUCAAAAACCUUCACACCUGUUUAAAGGAAGCCAUUCUACUGGAUUAUUAUGUAUCUGGAUUUUUGUGGGCUAGAGGAAUGGACUUUUCUAUUAUUCAAUAUUCAAAAUUUAUGACUUUACUAGAUAUGUUACUUCAUAAUCUUAGAACACUGCGUAUGUCCUUAGAAGACAGCAUAAAAUGGCUUGGAGAAGUUAUGGCUGAAAUAGGGCCAUCCCAUUCACAAAAAAAUGAGGAGUGGAAUAUCUUUGAUAUAAAACAAACCAAUGCUAUUGUUGAUUACUUAAAAGUCAGCCUAUUUCAACACUACAAGCUAUAUGAGUUUCUGUUCUACUCUACCAGGGAAGAAAUUGUGAUAGGAACUGAGCAAGUAAUAGAAGUUGUAAAGCCUGUAGGUCACCCUUUCCCUGAUCCUCUAGAAGAAGGAAUGGCAUUUGAUAUUUACUCAACGUUUAUAGAGCCUCCUCCAACAUUGGAUAUGGAAAUGAAGGAGUUGCAUCAAGAACAAGGCCCUGAAGAGUCCCAUCCAGAAGCCAACACUUCAGAGACUGAUCCAUUAGUUGGUUUCACCAUUGAAGAUAUAAAAUCAGUGCUGAGUCAAGUCACAGAUGAUAUUUUAAUCGGCAUCCAGACCGAGAUAAACGAAAAGCUGCAAAUACAGGAAGAAGCCUUUAAUGCACGAAUAGAAAAAUUGAAAAAGGCCUGAGGACUCCGAACUGGAGAGUGAUACUAAACUUCACAGAAACAAAUAAAACCAGCAGAAAAAACAGACCCUCUAGAGCACCAGCUCUCCUUCAUUUAGUUGGGAAAGGAAAACUAAGCCCCACUUUUUAUUAUCCUAACUAAUUAGAAAAGUAUUGGCCCCAAUUUUGCUAUCUCCUGUCCCAUAACAGCCUCUGAAUUUAUUGCGCUGUCUGUAAUAAGAACAUUUUGUAUAUAAGAGUUCGGAGAACUAUAUAUAAAAAUACAAUUACUUUUACAAUACUCCUUUGACAUUUUGACUAGUAAAUGUUAUUCAUCUUCAAGGAGAAUGAAGCCAACUUUUUUAAAUAAAGAAAAAUAAUAAUAAUUUUAUCCAUAUUGACCCAAAUGAACUGCCACAUUGCUGAAGCCUUGUGAACAGAGACCACCACCACACUGCUGAGGAUAAAACUUGCUAAACAAUAGCAAUUCAAAUGAAUAUACUAGGGUUUUUGGUUUGUCUUUUUUUCUUCUUAAAUCAUUUGGUUUUCUUGUUUAAAUGUUUCAGUGUGAAACCAAUUUUCUGAAAUUAUAUAAUGCAGUUUGAAGCACUUUAAUUUAUUCUGUACUGUAUUUGUUAUUUCUAAUCUUGUUACUCUCCCAGGAGAAUACAUGACCUAUAUAAAAAGAAGCAAUGUAUAAAUGGUUAUUAAAGACCAACCUAUAUAUAGAUUGUAAAAAUCUUAAAUACAAAUCAAACUUACAGAGCUCUAAAAAUUAACCAUUAUAUUGCAGUAGGAUGAUUGAAAAAUCUUAAGCCUUUAAAUACUUUUAUUAAAAUAUAAUUUCAAAAGAAAAUAUCCAUUUGCCAACUGACUGUCCCUAGUUAGACAAAUUAAAUUAAUUACUAUCUAGGCCCUUUCCAAACUUCUGAAAUUUCAGAGUACUCUAGAAUGGAGAGAACUGCUAGGAGGAGACCAUUCCUCCAAGAUAUUUCCAGUUUAUAUUGGAACCAAAUGUACUUGAAUUGGGUGGCAGUUGGUUGAAUACAUUCUGUCCAUGCUCUGACCUUGGGCUAUAACCUUACUUGCUCCAUAAGUACCAAGAGGAUUGUCCAAAAUGUAUUCAUCUGGGGCAGAGACAGGUCUGACAGCAUUUGCUAUUUUUCUAACUACACUGAUCAUUAAGUAAGAGAAGUCCUUAAGAUGAAACCAUGUUUAUUGUUCACGCAGUUCUGAGUCUGUAAGGCCUGGAGAUGGGCAAGGAUGUUUCUUCCCUGAGCUGCCCUUCCUCACUGACAGUGUAGAUGGCCACAGGAGACCAUGCGAAGGGCUUACAAGUCUUGCAGUCUCUUUCCAGGGCAAACAGAGAUGAAACUAGAGAGAAAUGGGAAUAAAUGAAUAGGGAAUAAAACAGCUUCAAGUGCAGUCUUUGGCACAGAGUGGACCUCCGUUUCUAAUAAAGAGGGCUUAUUUUGAGCAAGUGUACUAGAGUCUAAAACUGAGUAGAAAAUAGCAGUAGGCUCCCUAAAACUUCACAAGAAUGAUAUACUAUAAAGUGUGCCUAAAGCCCGCCUCAGGAGUAGGUCUUCGAGAAUCUGAUAGUGGCUUCACCAGUGGCUAGUAUGUGACUUGGGACAGGCUGCUCCCCCUUUAUUAUACAUCUCUUAAAUGAGACUAAUACUUAAUUUUGAGGUAGUUAUAAGAAUUCACGAAAUUUGUAUUAAAGGAUUGUUUGUGGUAAGUUUUGGUUUCUAGUUACCUCACAGGCUACCCCAAACCCACCGUCCAAUCAUUUGUGCAGCCUCUUUGGAGCCUUCUCUGUCUCCCCACUGGAACUGGUGGAUCAGCAUGUCCUCUAUCGGUAACCACUGUUGUCUAACAUCUUUUGUGCUGGAGCAGCUCAGGGAUCUCGGCAGCAGCCUGACUGUAACAUCAGAUGCUGAAAAGAUAGCAAUCAUAGUAGCAGUAACUACAAAUUUUAGCCUAUGUUCUCUGCUCUUUUAAAUUAAUUUUGAUGAAGGAAAUUUCAUUAAAUUUAUUGAUGAAGGAAAAUAUUCACUAUUACCAAAAAAAUUAUAGACCAAAAUAAAUUUCACCCUAGCUAGGUACCUUCAUUUCUCUUCCCAUGAGACAACCACAGCUUCCAGUAAGUCCUUAGAAAACUAUUUUUUACCUAUUUAAAUAAUUGGAUGCUUGUAUAGGGUGGCCUUUUUGUAAAAACGGUUUGCCUUAUUCUUUACAUUGCUUUUUUUCCAUCAAAUAAUGUGUCUUAAGUUAAUUUUCUAUCAGUUCUUUCUAAUGACCAUACAGUACUUCAUUUUAAUACUCCAUAACUUUUUAACUAGAUCUACUGACAUUUUUCUUGUUUUCAGUACUUUGCUAUCACAGUGUUGCACUGCGAUAUGGGUGAACAUGUAUGAUUAUACCUAAGGAUGAAUUCCUAGAGAGGGACAUUUUUUAGGUCAAAUUUUAUUUGAAUUUCCAAUUUUGGUAGAUAUUGUCAAAGCACCUCCCAAAGAUAUUUUACCAACAGUAAAAUGAUAAUAACUAUGUAUGAUAAUAACUCUCUACAUCAUUACUAACUGAUGCAUUGCCCAAUUUUUUAUCUUUGGUAUUCUGGUAGAUAAAAAAUACUGUCACACUA